GAGAAAGGUAAAAGAUGACUGUUGUGUCCUGUGAGAACCAGGACGAGACUGUGGUAGUUUCUCCCCUCUACCAGGAUGAUUGCGACGCGGAGCGGGGAGAUCAGGAGUGCAGCGAGAGGGUCGUCAUUAACAUCUCGGGAUUGCGCUUCGAAACUCAACUGAAGACCCUGUCGCGCUUUCCCACCACGCUCUUGGGAGACCCACGUAAACGGAUGCGCUUUUUCGAUCCGUUGAGAAAUGAGUACUUUUUUGACAGGAAUAGACCCAGCUUUGAUGCCAUCCUCUAUUAUUACCAGUCUGGAGGAAAGCUUAGGAGACCUGUCAACGUUACCAUGGACAUUUUCAUGGAAGAAAUGACAUUUUAUGAAAUUGAAGAGGAAGCCAUAGAUAUGUUUAAAGAAGAUGAAGGUAUGAUCAUAGAGGUGGAACGUCCGAUGCCUGACAACGAGUUUCAGCGCCAGAUGUGGCUGUUGUUUGAGUACCCGGAGAGCUCAGGGCCUGCCCGGAUGAUCGCUGUCGUAUCAGUCAGUGUGAUUGUAAUAUCCAUUGCGAUCUUCUGUCUAGAGACUUUACCACAGUUCAGGGAAGAUACCAGCGCAGGCACACCAUUAAGUAAUCGCCUUACCACGAAUGGGACUACUCUCCAUAAAAAACCCAAUCUAUUCACAGAUCCGUUUUUUAUGGUGGAGACACUUUGCAUCGUGUGGUUUUCCUUUGAGUUUCUCGUCAGGUUUUUAUCUUGCCCUAGCAAACCGGCUUUUUUCAAAAACGCAAUGAACUCCAUCGAUAUCUUAGCGAUUGCACCUUAUUUCAUCACCCUUGGCCUGGAACUAGCAGAGCAACAGGGAGCAGGAAGCGAGCAGGCCAUGUCGUUAGCCAUACUCAGAGUCAUCCGUUUGGUUCGAGUGUUCAGGAUUUUUAAACUUUCCAGGCACUCCAAGGGUCUCCAAAUUCUGGGCCAGACACUCCACGCCAGCAUCAGCGAACUCGGGCUUUUGAUAUUCUUCCUUCUCAUAGGGGUUAUUCUGUUUUCCAGCGCCGUUUACUUUGCAGAGGCAGACGACCCUGAAUCGGGAUUCUCAAGUAUCCCCGCCGCUUUCUGGUGGGCGGUGGUGUCCAUGACUACGGUUGGAUAUGGAGACAUGUGCCCGGUUACUAUUGGUGGCAAAAUAGUGGGAUCUAUGUGUGCCAUCGCAGGAGUGUUGACCAUAGCCCUACCUGUCCCUGUUAUCGUGUCCAAUUUUAACUACUUCUAUCACAGAGAGCGUAAUGACGAGGAAACCGCGGUGUAUACCCACGUGACUUGUGGUCAACAGAACGUUUCGUUCGGAGAGUUCAAAUCGACCAGCGACAGCAGACAGUCCCUCACCAAAUCAGAGUACAUGGAAGAGAAUUGUUGCGAGACUAUCAGAUUAACAAACGUCAACCCAUUUGAACAUUACACUGGCAAGCUGACGGAUGUAUGAAAAACAAGCAUCGGCCUAGUUGAGCAGGAAAAACUGUCUCCGUGAGUGGCCCCUGAGUACUUUAUUAAACGCGCAUUUACGCACGCUGUUAGUUGGCAUGUAAUCUUCAAAUAUCUUGAAUUAAUUUGUUGGAUACCUACAGUAGGCUUAUAGCUUCGUUACAGUAAUGCCAGGUCAGUGCCAGCCCUAUGUGCAUGUUUGAAUAUUUGCGCGCGUUUUUACUCACGCUAUUACUCAGUGUUUUUGUUGUCAUAUAAUCUUCAAAUAGCUGGAAUUAAUUUGUUUGACACCUUCAGUAGGCCUAUAGCUUUAUCACCACAACAAUUUUUAGAACUGGGUUUCUUUUGCAUAGCCUAUAGAAUUUCUGAACUCGGAGCGCCACUGUGUGGUUGAAACGCAGUCGUUUAGCAGACGCUUCUAAGGCAAAAAUUCUAACCGCUAUUUAGGUUAUCUGAACAAAUCAAAUCAAAUGUAUUUAUAUAGCCCUUCUUACAUCAGCUGAUAUCUCAAAGUGCUGUACAGAAACCCAGCCUAAAACCCCAAACAGCAAGCAAUGCAGGUGUAGAAGCACGGUGGCUAGGAAAAACUCCCUAGAAAUGCCAAAACCUAGGAAGAAACAUAGAGAGGAACCAGGCUAUGAGGGGUGGCUAGUCCUCUUCUGGCUGAAUAUAACAGCCAGAAUAUAACAGCCAGAAUAUAACAGCACAUGGCCUAGAUGUUCAAAUGUUCAUAAAUGACCAGCAUGGUCAAAUAAUAAUAAUCAUAGUAGUUGUCGAGGGUGCAACAAGUCAAUGCAUUAUCUUCUUUGAACAGUGUGCAAGACAUUGCUGAUGAUCAAAGUGUGUGUAUUAUUUACUCAUGACUAUACAUACAUUGUCCCUAACAAGCUUGUUAGGAACAUUCUGGAUUGAAGUGAUGGAAUAUAACCGCACAAAAAAGCAUUAUCUUCUUUCUACUUGUAGGGUACAAGAUCAAAGAGCCUUGCCUUUCUGCUACACUUGAAAGAAAAUGCAAGCAAUUCCAUAUAUAUUUGUAACUGGAAAAGUCAAGAUAGUGAACAAACAUCACACACUUGUCCCAUGAACUACUGGCCAGCAAUGUGAGAUGACAGGUGCUGCUACAUUAUCAAAUGGAGAGUGCCUUGAAAAAACUACCAAUCUGAAUGUUCAAUGAACCUUUCAAUGUACUUUGCAAUGUAUUCAAUGAACUGAAAUGACUACUGUGUAGAUAUCCUGUAAUAUAUUGUUGUAAAUAUGCCUUUUUUUGAAAUGCUAACCUUAUGUUCUCAGCUCAGAAUCUAAAUGCGAACAUGCCUUGCUCUGUGUGCCUUUGUGGAAAAUUUUGAAGGAACUAUUUGUGUAGUCCUUUAUUUUAUAUAACUAUUUAUUGCACACAAAUUCAGAUUUAGCUGUAAAUGGUCCUUGGGAAGGAAUCACUGGUGUUAAAAUAACUUGCCCAUAGGAAUCUGAAUUAUGUCUGCAUGUAAAGAGAAAUCAAUUGUUCUCUAAAAUGUUAAUGAAAGGUCUAUUUCUAUUUUUCUAAGAUUGUAACUUUUGAACUAUAUUUUUUAAAUAAAUAAAUCCUCAUUA